UAUUGCCAGCAGUCUUCUUGAAUUUGGGGGAAACAUUGAAGAUACUACAAAGGAUGGGUUGACCCCUCUGCUGCUAGCACUCCGAGAAAGGAAACCCCGCAUGGCAGCACACCUAAUCACACACGGUGCGAAUCUUCAGGCAUCUGAUCAAUAUCUAAGAACAACACUCAUGUAUGCUGUUAGAUGGGAUUAUGACAUUAUGGUUGAAAUUUUACUGAAGAAAGGUGUUGAUCACCAGUUAAAGGACACAUUUGGAUGGAAUGCUCUUUAUUAUGCCAUUAUGGGGAAACGCAAAACAAAAAUGGUGAUUAUUCAGCACGACUUACUUCUCUGGAAACAACAAAAUACCUUCACACGAAAUCAGCCUGAAGAUGUCUUUUCAUCAGGACUUCACUUUGAAUCUGAGUCACUGAUAUCCGUGCGUACAGGAAUGGAGGACACAGCUAAUUUGAAAACUCAGCAAGAUAUUCCUGAGAAUAGUCUGAAAAGUGGUGCGGAUGACUUACCGAUAGCUUCCAAACAAUAUGAAAAUGUAGAAGAACAAGAAGAAGAACUAGAAUUAGAAACAAUACCGGAUUUAGAACUGGAAAAUGCAAAUGUUUGUCAUAAGAAUGAAGACUAUCAAAAAUUGAAAGCUGCCCAGUCAUCCAACGUAGGAAAUGGUCCAGAAGAAAAUGAAAUAAUUCAAGUUUGGGCUGAAAAAUGUCCGCAUCCAGAGCUGAGGGAUUGUUGUCAUCUAGUCUCCAGAUCCAAGCCUGAAACACAGCAAUCUCAAACAGUUUGGGCUGAAAAAUGUCCACACCCAGAGCAGAGGGAUUAUUCUCGUCGAAUUUCCAAACAAAAGUCUGAAACACAGCAAUCUCAAGCAGUGUGGGCUGAAAAAUGUCCUCACCCAGAGCUGAGGGAUUAUUCACGUCCAAUCUCCAAACCUGAGUCUCUACCACACCAAUCUCAACCAGAUAUAAUAUUUUCAGAAGAACUAGAAGAAGGAAUAACAGAAUUUAAAGUGGAAAAUGAGAGAAGUUUUGAUAAGAGUGCAGAAAAUCAAGAAUUUAGUGUGUCUGACCCUAAUGGACCACAGAAAUCUUCCACAAAAGCUCCCAACUCAUCCAAUAUGAACAAUGAUGCAGAAAAGAAUGUAAUAAUGCAUCAGGAGAGAACAUCUGUCAUAGAAGACCAAGAACAUGCCUCAGAAGAGCAGAGGCAGCACAGUGCUAGAAAAACUAAGCGGCCAUUUAGUGUGUCUGACCCUAAUGGACCACAGAAAUCUUCCACAAAAGCUCCCAACUCAUCCAAUAUGAACAAUGAUGCAGAAAAGAAUGUAAUAAUGCAUCAGGAGAGAACAUCUGUCAUGGAAGACCAAGAACAUGCCUCAGAAGAGCAGAGGCAGCACAGUGCUAGAAAAACUAAGCGGCCAUUUAGUGUGUCUGACCCUAAUGGACCACAGAAAUCUUCCACAAAAGCUCCCAACUCAUCCAAUAUGAACAAUGAUGCAGAAAAGAAUGUAAUAAUGCAUCAGGAGAGAACAUCUGUCAUGGAAGACCAAGAACAUGCCUCAGAAGAGCAGAGGCAGCACAGUGCUAGAAAAACUAAGCGGCCAUUUAGUGUGUCUGACCCUAAUGGACCACAGAAAUCUUCCACAAAAGCUCCCAACUCAUCCAAUAUGAACAAUGAUGCAGAAAAGAAUGUAAUAAUGCAUCAGGAGAGAACAUCUGUCAUGGAAGACCAAGAACAUGCCUCAGAAGAGCAGAGGCAGCACAGUGCUAGAAAAACUAAGCGGCCAUUUAGUGUGUCUGACCCUAAUGGACCACAGAAAUCUUCCACAAAAGCUCCCAACUCAUCCAAUAUGAACAAUGAUGCAGAAAAGAAUGUAAUAAUGCAUCAGGAGAGAACAUCUGUCAUGGAAGACCAAGAACAUGCCUCAGAAGAGCAGAGGCAGCACAGUGCUAGAAAAACUAAGCGGCCAUUUAGUGUGUCUGACCCUAAUGGACCACAGAAAUCUUCCACAAAAGCUCCCAACUCAUCCAAUAUGAACAAUGAUGCAGAAAAGAAUGUAAUAAUGCAUCAGGAGAGAACAUCUGUCAUGGAAGACCAAGAACAUGCCUCAGAAGAGCAGAGGCAGCACAGUGCUAGAAAAACUAAGCGGCCAUUUAGUGUGUCUGACCCCAAUGGACCACAGAAAUCUUCCACAAAAGCUCCUGACUCAUCCAAUAUAGACAAUGAUGCAGAAAAAAUUGUAGUGAUGCAUCAGGAGAGAACAUCCAUCAUGGAAGACCAAGAGCAUGCCUCAGAAGAGCAGAGGCAACACAGUGCUAGAAAAACUAAGCGGCCAUUUAUUGAUGCUAUAAGAGCAUGCUUUUGUGCAUGUUUCACCAAAAAACGGAUCUCUUCUUCCUACUACAAGAAAUAGAAGAGAAAACAUAAAAAAGUGAUGAACUUGGACAAGCCUACUACAAUUGCCUGACAACUUCUCCGACCAUCCACAAUAAGACAACUCAGGAGAAAAUCUGUCUCUUCUCCAAUAAUUGCUCUAAGAAAAAGCACAUUUUUAUUUUAUGUUUUAGAAUAAUAUAGUAUUAUAUUACAUAUU